AUGGGCCUUGUUGACUAUUCCGAUUCCGAAGGCUCAGGCUCUGAAGCUGAAGUCCAACCCCCCACCAAAACCGCACCCAAACAAACCGCAUCAUCCAAGAAACCCUUCCAAAAGGUCGUCGAUCGAUCCAACCCAGGCAAAAUCGUGGUCAACCUUCCGCAAAUUUCAAAUGAUAAACUGCAGAGCCAAGAAACUGCAGAGAAGAAGACAAAGACUGGUGGUGGUAGAUUCUCAGGUUUCAAUUCUUUCCUCCCAGCGCCUAAAAAGGCAAAUAUACCCAAACCUGCAGCAUCGAGUAGUGCGUCUACAAGGCCAGCUUUUCAGUUCAAGACGAGCGCUGCACCAGGAUUCAACAGAGACUCAGAAGAAGACCAUAAUACAUCAAACGAUGGCGCUUUAGAAAAUGUGAGCGAGCCGACACCAAAGGCUGCUGCGCAACCAUAUAUCCCUGAAGGACAGAAGCCUGCCGACGAAGUUAAGCUUGUGGGCAAGCCAUUGAUGUUCAAGCCUCUAUCAGUAGCGAGGAACCCACAGAAAAAAAAGAAGCUUAAUUCGGGGAUGGCGAAGGCAAUACCAGCACCCCGACAGGAGCAAGCUGAAGUAGCGGCACCUGCGGUUGCUCCAGCAGCAGCCCCAAAGAAGGUUUCUCUCUUUUCCAUGCAUACCGAAGAACCGUCUGAGCCUACAGAGAAGACAUCUACUGGUAUUUACGAGCCCAUGUUUGCCACGACAGAAGGCUCGUUGGCCUACGAUGAGGGAGCAUAUGGUGACUACGCCAGCCAUGCGCAAGCUGGUCCGUCAGCAACCACGCUACCGGGUUCCGAGUCCUUGGAUACUGUAGUCGAAGACCUCAACCUAACGGCAGCUCAGCAACGAGAACUGUUUGGUCGCAAUGGCCUUGGUAAUCAAGCAGCCAAGAAGGUUAUCAAUUUCAACAUGGACGAAGAAUACAGGCAUAACGAGGAAAUUCGAGCUGCAGGAGAAGAGCAAACACACAACCCUGUGCGGGCGAUCCAGGGAGGUGGAAAGCACAGUCUGCGCCAGUUAGUUCAGAACGCGCAAAGCCAGCGCGAUGCUCUCGAGGACAGUUUCGCCAAGGGGAAGAGCAACAGAAAGGAGGCAGCAGGCAAAUAUGGAUGGUGA